GACAAUCCAAAAUUUUGUAUAGAAAAAUUGGUGUGUCUUCUGUGUUUUUGAGAGAGAGGGAGAGAGAGAGAAGUUGAUGAUGCUAUUGCUGAUGCACUCGUUUUAGACUCUUUAGGAGGAACAGAGCCAAUCUCAUAAACGACAGAACCGAUAUACAUGUAAGGCCGGCUAUAUAUCUAUUUAUAUAUUAUACAUAUAGGCCUCUCUCUCUCGCCAUAUAAAGAUUAUAGGGACAUGGAAAUAGACUGCUGAGAGGGAUAUACACAAACAGCCGAGUAUCUAUAGUUUUUCUUAUUUGUGAAACUGACUCAGAAAGUGGGGGUGGUGGAGUUGAGUAGGACAGCAGUAGCAGUAGCAAUGGAGUUGGUUUUGUCAGUGAACAACUGUGCUGUAUUCCUUUUAUGCUCUUUGGUCUCUCUUCUGGUGUUGAAAUGGCUUCUCAAGAAUGUCAAUUGGUUGCUCUAUGAAACCAAGUUGGGUGAUAAGCAAUACUCUUUGCCUCCUGGUGACUUGGGCUGGCCUUUCCUUGGCAACAUGUGGACCUUUCUCAGAGCCUUCAAGUCCUCUGAUCCUGACUCUUUCAUUUCUACCUUUGUUUCCAGGUUUGGCCAUACAGGAAUCUAUAAGGCCUUCAUGUUUGGUAAUCCAAGUGUCAUUGUCACAACGCCCGAAACUUGUAAGCGAGUGCUGACAGAUGAUGAUGCAUUCAAGCCUGGUUGGCCUCGUUCAACUGUGGAACUCAUUGGAAAGAAAUCUUUCAUUGGAAUUUCUUUUGAAGAACACAAGCGGUUGAGGAAGUUGACAGCUGCACCAGUGAAUGGUCAUGAGGCAUUGUCAAUGUACAUUGAAUACAUUCAAGAUAAUGUGGUGGCUUCCUUGGAGAAAUGGUCUAACAUGGGACAGAUUGAAUUCUUGACUGAGCUUAGAAAGCUCACUUUUCGGAUUAUUAUGUACAUUUUUCUAAGCUCAGAGAGUGAGCCUGUGAUGGAGGCUUUGGAGAGGGAAUACACUAUUCUUAAUUAUGGAGUUAGAGCCAUGGCCAUUAACAUUCCUGGAUUUGCUUACCAUAAAGCACUCAAGUCCCGGAGAAAACUUGUAGCUGUGUUUCAAUCAAUUGUGGAUGAGAGAAGAGCUCAAAAGAAGGUCAGCAUAGCCACAACAAAGAAGAAAGAUAUGAUGGAUGCUUUGCUAGAUGUUGAAGAUGAAAAUGGAAGAAAACUGAGUGAUGAGGAGAUCAUCGAUGUUUUGUUAAUGUACUUGAAUGCAGGCCAUGAGUCUUCUGGUCAUACUAUAAUGUGGGCUGCUAUUUUCCUUGAACAACACCCUGAAAUUCUGCAAAAGGCCAAGGAAGAGCAAGAAGAGAUUAUAAAGAAAAGGCCAUCGACACAGAAAGGAUUGACUCUUAAAGAAAUUCGAGAAAUGCAGUUUCUUUCUGAUGUUAUCGAUGAAACACUUCGCAUGAUAACAUUCUCACUCACUGUUUUCCGCGAGGCCAAGCGUGAUGUGAACAUAAGUGGCUACACUAUCCCCAAAGGCUGGAAAGUCUUGGUCUGGUUUAGAAGUGUUCAUUCUGAUCCUGAAAUAUAUCCAAAUCCAAAGGAGUUCAAUCCUGGAAGAUGGAAGGGUUAUACACCAAAAGCAGGAUCUUUCCUUCCCUUUGGAGCUGGCAGCAGAUUGUGUCCAGGAAAUGAUUUAGCUAAGUUGGAAAUCUCUAUUUUCCUCCACUAUUGUCUGCUCAAUUAUCGGGUGAAUAGGGUUAAUCCAGGAAGUCCAGUGAUGUACUUGCCUCAUUCUAGGCCUAAAGACAAUUGCUUGGCUAAAGUUGUGAAAUGCCCAUCUUCACAUAUUUAAUAAGAGAGACAAAGAGAGAAUGAACACAUUAUUACUCCAUAUGAUGGAUUAAGAUAGAAUAAAAGUUCUUUGUUUUCUUCA